AAAAUGGGGAAUCGAUUAUAUAUGAUAAAAUCAGCAGAUAAUUCAAUUUUCAAUUAGAAUUAAAGUUUAGAAGAUUAAUUUGAAAGUAUGGGAGGAUAAUCUUUUCCUCACAUAGAUCGAGUAGAACUUUAUAGAUUAAAAAGAGAGAAUACAAAAUAUGCAACAAUCUUUGAAAAAAGACAUGGAAAUACAGCAACUGAUGAUGAAGGUCCAUUAUUAGAAUUACAUGAAUAACUUAUGCUUCUAAAACAUAAUCAUUUGGUUAAAUAUUAUGGUCUUUGUGUUGAUCCAAAUUUAACAACAAAUUUAUAGAUAAGUAGAUGGUUUUAUGAAGCAGUGUAUAAAACCUUAAAAUAAGUUUGUGGACAUCAUUUUUCAAAUAAGAAUCAUAUUCCAGAAAGAUAAUUAUGGAAGUGUCUUCAUGAAAUAUUAUUAGCUUUACAUUUUUUGGAUGCAAGAUAGAAAUGGCAUACUCAUAUAUAACCAGAUUCUAUUUACUUAGAUAAAAAUGAUUCAAUUAAGCUAAUUCCUAAAGGAGUAUUACGUUUAAUGAGUGGAUAUUAAGUUGUACUUACAGGAAAAGGAUAAGCAUUAUUAUCUCCUUAAUAAAUUGAUGGUUUAAGAUAAAAAUUAGAGAUUCCAAAUCAUGAUAUAUAAAAGUCUGACGUUUUUUCUUUAGGAAUGACUUUCUUAGAAUUGAUGACACUUAAAGAUAGUUUUGAAUGCUAUAAUUAUGAUCUUAAUGAUCCAUAAAUAAAAGAUUAAAUAUUUUAAGAAAGAUAAAUAGAAAUUUAAAAUAUUGCUUAUUCUACUGAUCUUGUAAGAAUAGUAUUAACAAUGUUACAAAUUGAAGAAAUUGAUAGACCAACUUUUCUUGAAUUAUUAGUAUCUAUUUAUUUUAUAUAAUUUAGAACUCUAAUGAAAUUACUUAGAAUUUAGAAAAUUCAAGAAAUAAUCCUUUGAAUCCAACUACUCACACUUCUCAAUAAGAUCUUAAAAUAUUUUAAAAUAGAUUCCCAUCUGAUUCUUCUAAUUUAUAAAUAGUUUAGCCUAGUAUUCCAAUCACUAAAAAUCAAUAAUAAAUUUAAUCAUCUCCUAUUAGAAUAUAAUCAUAAGUUGUACCUCCUUAAUAUUUACCUGUUUCAAAUCCUAAACAAUUAGAAGCAGAACGUUAAAGAUAAGAACAAAUCUUGAGAGAAUAACAAAUAUAAUAACAUUUACAAUUGUAAUUAAGGCAACAAUAAUAAUUAUUCUAAUAAUAAUAAUAAUAGUAUCAAUAAUAAUAAUUGUUAAUUGAAUAAUAAUAAUAAUAAAUUAUACUUUAUUAAUAAUAACUAGAUAAAUUAAAGAAUAAUGUUCCCUAACCGAAAAUUAAGGAAUAAAUACAACCUAAAUUAUAAGAUUAUAUGAUACAUCCUUCACCUACUCCGCCUAUUGUUUUAGAUCCUAAUGCACGAAAUUCAACAAUAGAUGAAUUUUAGGAAAGCUAAGAAUUAAAAAAUAGAAUUAAUUCAGCUUUAGCCUUAUCCAGAUAAGCUAUUAAUAAAUAUAAAUGA